ACUUUCCGGCCUCUGCGACCUGUUUCCCGUGUGGCACCGCGGCCUCUCUCUUUCUCUUCCGGUCUUAGGCGCUUCGAGAGCCGUGGGCUUGGGUGCAGAGAUGGCCAAGUCCAAGAACCACACCACGCACAACCAGUCCCGAAAAUGGCACAGAAAUGGCAUCAAGAAGCCCCGAUCGCAAAGAUACGAGUCUCUCAAGGGGGUAGACCCCAAGUUCCUGAGGAACAUGCGCUUUGCCAAGAAGCACAACAAGAAGGGCCUGAAGAAGAUGCUGGCCAACAACGCCAAGGCCAUGAGCGCACGUGCUGAGGCUAUCAAGGCCCUGGUCAAGACCAAGGAGGCCAAGCCCACGAUCCCAAAGGGCAGCAGCCGCAAGCUCAGCCGCCUUGCCUACAUUGCUCACCCCAAGCUCGGGAAACGCGCUCGCGCCCGCAUCGCCAAGGGGCUCCGGCUGUGCCGGCCGAAGGCCAAGGCCCAAACCAAGCCCCAGGCUGCAGAUGCGGCUCAGGCUCCGGCUCAGGCCCCCAAAGGUGCUCAGGCUCCCAAAGGUGCCCAGGCCCCCAAAGGUGCUCAGGCCCCCAAAAGCGCCCAGGCCCCUGUGAAGGCUCCGUAGUAGCCUCUGUCCGCCAGCGUGAGGACAGAAGGACUGAUGCGCCCCCGGGCUGGGGUCCUCCUGUGGUGUCUGUGCAAAUAAACCUGAGGCAGGGUCUGUC